AUGGACAUCAAUGCAGCAUAUACAGCAUCCAACUUCAUCAACCACUUUAGGACGGCGUUUCUCGCAGGCAAGCCUUUUGAGGACAAAGAAACGGGCGCUAUACUCAGGAGCUUCCCGUUCCAAUUCGCAUCCCUUCCAAAUUUUGUCUCCGAUGCUUCUCUUAUCGACACCAUGCGCCAUGAAAUACUUUAUGCCCAGCAAAAAAAAACAGCCGAAACAGAUGAGUGUCACAAAGUAGUGCGCUUUUUCCAUCGCCGAAACGACCUUCAUGAUUUUUUCCAGUCAAUGGAUCUCAAAACGCUGCGGGAAAAUACUACCACCUGCGAUGCUGACAAAAAUGUGAGACCUGCUGAUGGGGGUAUAGCCAAUUUUCCGGCAAUAAGAGUAGCGGUAACCCUUUUUACAGCACAGGAAAACCCCUCACCCGUAAUGACACUGCUCGAAUCGCUCACGGGGCAGACCAUCGAUCUGAAACAGAUGGCUAUCGCUGCGCAAGUUUAUUUACCUGGCUCGUUUCUGUUAUGCCAUGAUGAUGCACUUGAGGGCCGGCUUUUUGCAUGGGUUCUUUAUGUUGUUGAUGAGGAACCCCUUUUCGGGGGUUCUUUGCAGCUGUUUGGUGCGGCUCCGAUAAUGCAUCGUUUAUAUCCGACGGUAGUUGUUGAUUGCGUACACCCAUGUCGCAAUAUGUUGAUCUUCUUUGCGGUUUCAGAUCGCUCGUUUCAUGCGGUUGAAGAAAUCUUUGGUGGCACGCGCGUCUCCCUCUCUGGUUGGUUCUACGCAUCUGACAAGGUAAUUCCGAGCGACGUCGAGGCUAUUUGCCAGAAAGAGGUCGGUCUCCAAAAUCCUAAUGAAGCCAUUGCCUGUGUCUCUCCAAACAUAUUCGUUUCAGAGCUUGUUGCUACCAACCGAUUUUACAAAAGUCCUCAAGUGUGUUCAUCGGUCAUGACAGUUUUGCGAAAAAACCGCGUGGUUUCUUUGCAUUCAUUUUUUGAAGGAUUAUGUGUAGAGUAUUCGGGUCUGUUAAAUUCUGGUUCUUGGCAGUUGGCGGGACCUCCAAACUACCGCCACUAUUACGAGUGUGUUGGGCUUUCUGACAAGGACUCGUUGAUCCAGUCAAUAAUUUCGGGUUACCGCAGUAUCGAUGAAAGGUGUUUUUCAGUGGUUUCUUCGUCAAUCCACCACUUUAUGCCUGGUUCCUACCAGGUCAUACACGAUGACUUUCCUAAUGGCAAAGAACAGUCUCUUGAUCUACUUCUUUUUGUACCGCAUAAGCCUUCUGAAAAUCCUACUACUCCAAAAUCACUCAUCAAGUAUGCCUCGCUCGUUAAGCGAAAAGCAGAGAGGCACAUUGGUCCCAAAGCCUGUCUUGGCAUCUGUAAAGAUACGACCGCAUCGAGAGAUAAAAUUCAUGGCAAGGUCAAGCGAGGCUCUCGGGAAAGCGUGGAGGAGAUGAUUGAAAUUGACCCGACGAUUUCCAAUACGCUUUAUGUGAUUUGUGUCCAAGGAAAUACGCAGAUAUCAGUGGACUAUCUGAAAUCAGGAACAUCCCCUUUCUUCAUGAUUGCCAUUCGUCUGGCAAGAACCUAA